AUUUAACCAAACCGUACGCCCGGGCCCCCGGCGACCCGGCUCCGGACGGGGAUUUAAACGACCGCGCUGGCCAGCGGACGACACGCGCCGGCCGGCAGCACAGCUCUCUUCUGCACGUACGCACGCGGGGGGAGUGCGGCCGUGUCGCGUCGAUCCUCGAUCGUCGAUUACGUUCGCCAUGGCGUGCCGGCGGCCGGCGUGCUUCGUCGCUGUCCUCCUCGUCGCCGUUGCGGCGGCGCUGGCGGCGGGGCCGCGGGCGGCCGCGGCGAAGGAGUACGCGGCCAUCUUCAACUUCGGUGACUCCCUGGUGGACGCCGGGAACCUCGUGGUGGACGGCAUCCCGGACUACCUCGCCACGGCGCGGCUUCCCUACGGCAUGACCUACUUCGGCUACCCCACGGGGCGGUGCUCCGACGGCCGCCUCGUCGUCGACUUCAUCGCGCAGGAGCUCGGGCUGCCGUUGCUGCCGCCGUCCAAGGCGAAGAACGCGACGUUCCACCACGGCGCCAACUUCGCCAUCACGGGCGCCACGUCGCUGGACACGCCCUUCUUCCAGGCGCGCGGCCUCGGGCAGACCGUCUGGAACUCCGGCUCCCUGCACACCCAGAUCAAGUGGUUCCAGGACAUGAAGCCCAAAAUCUGCAGCUCCCCGCAAGAGUGCCGUGACCUUUUCCGGCGGUCGCUGUUCAUCGUGGGCGAGUUCGGCGGCAACGACUACAACUCGCCGCUGUUCGCGUUCCGCCCGCUGUCUGAGGCGCACGACUUCAUCCCGCACGUCGUCGACUCCAUCGGCGAGGGCGUCGAGAAGCUCAUCGCGGAAGGGGCGGUGGACCUGGUGGUCCCGGGGGUGCUCCCCAUCGGCUGCUUCCCCGUCUACCUCUCCAUCUUCCGCAAGCAGCCGGAGGGGUACGGCCCCCGGAGCGGGUGCAUCAAGGACAUGAACACGCUGUCCUGGGUGCACAACGCGGCGCUGCAGCGCAAGAUCGCCGAGCUCCGGGCCAAGCACCCCGGCGUCCGCAUCAUCUACGCCGACUACUACACGCCGGCCAUCCAGUUCGUCCUCCACGCCAAGAAAUACGGGUUCUUGGAGCAGACGCCGCGGGCGUGCUGCGGGGCGCCGGGCGUCGGCGAGUACAACUUCAACCUCACCUCCAAGUGCGGCGACCCGGGGGCGUACGCCUGCGACGACCCAUCCAACCACUGGAGCUGGGACGGGAUCCACCUCACCGAGGCCUCCUACGGCCACAUCGCCAAGGGCUGGCUCUACGGGCCAUUCGCCGACCCGCCCAUCCUCGACAACAAGCACCUCGGCUAAUCUCCAUCCAUCAUUCAGCGCCGGCUAGCCGGCCGGCGGGCCAGUACACCGGGACGGGACGCACCUGCAAGAUUGAUGGUGAUUGCUGUAGAGGAAACGGAACGAAAGGAAUCGGCGAGGACGAAUAAGGAUGCCCUCUGUUCAGAUUAAUUGGUUUAAUUUUAGAUUGUGUUGUUUGUGAUGUCUUUGGAGGGAUAAGUAUACUGGUAUACAUCUCUGCUCUGCUCGGUGUGUGAUUUUUUUUCUGUUUAUAUUACCAUAGUAGCAGUUUAGCACAGAUGUGUAGUGCUUCCCGUAGUCAAGAAAAUUGAGCAGGAAGAAGGUUGGGCGCCAUUUUAUUGUU